UUCCAAAUGCAAACCGAAAUUCAGUUGACUCGAAUCGAACGAGCCGCGAGGAAGCACGAAUCAAGAACUCUGAAAAAACCCCACAACAGUGAAAAUCGUUAGAAGUCGCCUUAGGCCCCGAAAAUUAAUCGACGAACAAAAAAAACCAAUAAGACGAUAUAAUGGCUGCCAACGAUAUCAGCGAGGAGGCGUUUAACUUGCGACUGGGUUAUCUCAAGCCAGAAACCGUGGAAAUCGCCCGGGUGGAGCUACGGGAAACGGAGGAGGUCAAGGCGGAGUCCAUCAAGAAGCUGAGGGAGCUGCUCAAAGCCACUCCGGAGCUGAACUACAAGGACGACGAUGCCUUCCUCACAGUCUUCCUGCGUGCCUGCCACUUUUAUCCGGAGGGUGCUCUGGAAAAGAUGAAGACCACCGCUGCCUUCCGUAAGGAGUAUGCCUCUCUGGUCCGAGGUCUGCUGGUGGAGCAGGUCAGGGAGAAGUUCGUGAAGGGCAGUGUCAUCAAUGUCCUGAAGAACUGCGAUCAGAAGGGACGUCGUGUCCUGAUCGUCAACUGUGGAAAGCUGUGGGACCCCAGCGAGGUCACCAGCGACGAUAUGUUCCGCAUGCUCUACAUGGUCCACAUUGCCGCCCAGCUGGAGGAGGAGACCCAGGUGCGUGGUGUGGUCUGCAUCAUGGACUUUGAUGGUCUGGCGAUGAAACAGGUCAAGGCCCUGUCGCCGAGCUUCUCCAAGCGACUGCUCACCUUCAUCCAGGAGGCCAUGCCGCUGCGCAUGAAGGAGGUUCACUUUGUGAAGCAACCUUUCAUUUUCAACAUGGUUUGGUCGCUCUUCAAGCCCUUCGUCAAGGAGAAGCUUAACAAGAGGAUGCACUUCCAUGGCAGCGACAUGAAGUCACUGCACAAAUUCCUCGACCCCGCCGUCCUGCCCGCCAACUACAAGGGCGCUUUGCCCCUCAUCGAUUACGGUGGCGAGGAGUGGAUCAACGCCCUGGAGAAGCAGGCUGGCUACGUGGCCGAAUGGAGCCAGCUGGGUCCCGCCCAGUGGUGAUUGCCCAUCCUAACCCCAUCCACCUCCAACUGACAUUAGUUUAACUUUUUUUGUAAAUACUUGCGACUUGUGUUUGCUUAGUUCGUAACCUUUUUGGCAAUAAACUAGUUACAUAAUACUAUAAACCAAA